GGUCACCUUGCCCUCCGGCCUGGCGUCCACCUCCGGCACCUUGAGCUUCGGGGCUCGGCGCCUGGAGGAGGCGGACGAGAGCGACUUCGAUGUCGGCCGCCGCCUGGCUGCGACCUGCGAAGCCUAUGGCACCGCGAGCAUCAGCGGCACUACGCUCACCUUCAGCGUGCGGCAAAUCAAUACUGGUUCCACACCCUGCGCGGCGGGGAGCUCGCUGUCGGUGACGCUGACCGCGGGCACUGCCAGCUACAGCUCCCUGGCCACGGGGCAGCUGGAUUUCGCCGUGCAGACCAACGCGGACUCGGACCCCGUGAGUGUGGCCAUCACCGUGGACAACUCCGGCACCUUCAGCCUGUCGGUGGUCGGGGAUCCCAUCACCUUCUUCAAAGGCAAGAAGAUCAAGUUCUGGUUCCCUCCGCACGAGCUGCUGCCGUUGCUCAUCACCCCAGAGAUGACGAUUUGGGCGAGCACCUUUCAAGGGCCGUCCAUGGACUACCAGUGGUUCGAUCGCUUUCUGGUGACCUCCGAGAGCCAAGAGAUUGCGGACAUCCGCGUGGGCCGGGUGCCGGAGGGCGCCAACCGCUCGCACUUCGGGCGCUGGGACUUCCGGCAGCUGGACAUCCGCAUCCGCGGCACCAGGCUGCGGCGCCGCGCCCAGCAGCUCUUCUCCUCCCCGGAUGGGCAGGUGAAGGUCGCAGUGGGCGCACGCGUGGUGGACGCUCCCCGGGUACGCUCUUCUCCUUUGAUGGAAUUCGUGAUGGUCGAGAGCGCUUCCAUCUCCUUCAUGGUCCACGCCAGCCACGCGGGCUCUGAGUUCCCGGGAGACCCCGAGAAGCAGGUGAAGUACACGCACCUGGACUUUGUGAACCUGGAGACUGCGGGCAUGGAGCACUUCCAGGGCAUCCUGCCACAGCUUUGGGGCAUCAAAGUUCGGUCCCCGGAGGUGGAACAAAUGCUGGUGCCGCCUUCGCAGCGGAAAGAUCUCGAGCGCGUUGUGUGUGAUUCCGCCUGA